AUGGGGGAUAGAAAGGGAGAUGUUAGAAUAUACGUCAUCUCUUGUUUUUUCUUUGCAUGCACAAUUGGAGGAGGAAUUUUCCUUUGCAUGUACAUAUUCCUACCAGAUUCUGAAUCUUUACCAUGGUAUCUCUUUGCAGGCAUGGCAUUGGUUGCAAUUCCAUGGCUAUCUUGGUUUCUCAUCUUGAUAUAUAGAUGCAUUAGACCUAUUAAUGUUCAAUUUGAUGAACAUCAUACAAACAAUUAUGGUAAUACUGGUGCAAUUUGGACACCAAAAUCUCCACAAACAGCUGCUACUGCUGUUAGAAGCCCUCGUGGUACAAAAUCCCCUUCUCAUUCCCCUGUUGGUGGCGGCGGUGGAGAGCGUCGUGUUCAAUUCGGCACAGUUGUGGAGGUGGGAGAUGAAUUUGGUGGCGGCAGCGAGGAAGAACACCACCAUAAUGAUGAUUUUGUUGAGCAUCAUGAGUCCAAAAAAGAACAAGACAUACCACAAACAUUGAUAACGGUUGAACACUAG